UGCGGCCACCCCGAACCCGCCACCGGCUCCGCCCCGUCGCUGCGGCCCUCCCCGGCGGCCAUGGCCAUGGCGGGGCGGUUGUGGCGGGGCUGCAACCUCCUCAUGGCCGCUUUCUUCGGGCUGGCGGCCGCAGUGCAGGUGAGAGCGGGACCGCCCGGAGGGGGGCGGCAGGAAGCUCCGCACCGCUCCCACCGCUCCCCUCCGCACCGCUCCCCGCGGAGCGCGGCCCCGGCCGGGUCUCAGUGCGCACCUUCCGCUGCAGGUGAACGACCCCGACGCCGGGCUGUGGACUGUAAUCGUGUCUGGAGGAGCCUCUGUGACCUUCAUUCUGCUGGAUGUAUCAUUGGGACCAUUGCUCUGGCUUGCUCUUUGUUUGCUUAUGCUCAAGGAAACAUUUUACAUGAGGAAGAAGGCCGAGAGUUGUUUGGUCUGGUGAUAAUCGCAGUAUGGAUGAGGCUUUGUCGCAGUUCAGCCAAGAACCCACUGGCUGGAGUUCACUUGACUGCUGCAGUGGCAGUCACACUCUUCCCCUUUGUGUCGUGGCUGUACAUUUAUGUGAACAAGGAGAUGCGAGAAUCUUGGCCAACACACUGUAAAACAGUGAUUUAGUGGGUGGGAGAUAGUAUAGAAUAAAUAUUUUGACCUUA